GCUGCUCAAUCCCACUUGGACCCUGGCCCUGGAAGACCAGGACGGAGGACCUCUACUUUACUGCUGUUUCCAAACAGUAGAAAAAGAUGCCACCCAGUCUGAGAGACGCACUUUCACGAGUGGAGAGAAAGCUGACGGAUCAACAUGGGCUGCUCAAUCCCACUUGGACCCUGGCCCUGGAAGACCAGGACGGAGGACCUCUACUUUACUGCUGUUUCCAAACAGUAGAAAAAGAUGCCACCCAGUCUGAGAGACGCACUUUCACGAGUGGCGAGAAAGCUGACGGAUCAACAUGGGCUGCUCAAUCCCACUUGGCAAGCAACACACCUGGCUCACAACAACAGCAUCUCAAUCAGCCACCCAGUCUGAGAGACGCACUUUCACGAGUGGAGAGAAAGCUGACGGAUCAACAUGGGCUGCUCAAUCCCACUUGGACCCUGGCCCUGGAAGACCAGGACGGAGGACCUCUACUUUACUGCUGUUUCCAAACAGUAGAAAAAGAUGCCACCCAGUCUGAGAGACGCACUUUCACGAGUGGCGAGAAAGCUGACGGAUCAACAUGGGCUGCUCAAUCCCACUUGGACCCUGGCCCUGGAAGACCAGGACGGAGGACCUCUACUUUACUGCUGUUUCCAAACAGUAGAAAAAGAUGGUGGUCCUCUUUGCUGGCACAAUGGUUGAGCCGGGAACGGACGGGGAGCAGCGGCAGGGCCGGGCCCGGCCAGGCGGUGGGGGCCUGGUCGCCUAUAGCAAAGACCUGACGCUGGUGAUUGAGGUCGAGGGGGAAGAAGCUGUCACGGUGCAGCAGUUGCUGCAUUCAACCAAGCUGGUGUGUGGCGGGAUCCUGGGCUGUCGACAGCUCGGACAGAGGGCGUAUGAGGUCACGACGAGCAAUGAGGCGGCGAAGAGCAAGUUGUUGGACGGGUUCCGAAUUGGGAAUAACAGAGUGGUGGGUCGCAAGUUGUUGAAUAACGAGAUGGU